AUGAAUAUCACAGAAUUUAUCGUGUUGGGGUUUGGAAACGUUGGACAAUGGCAAUCUCUCCUCUUCUUUGUUUUCCUAGUGAUUUAUAUUGUAGCCACGGCUGGGAAUGUGCUCAUUGUGACUUUAGUUGCAGUUGAUCAACAUCUUCAUACACCCAUGUACUUCUUCCUGGGAAAUUUGUCGUGCUUAGAGACUUUCUACAUCUCAAAUAUUGUACCCAAAAUGAUGGCUGGCUUAUUGACUGAUAAAAACACCAUUUCUUUUCGCAAUUGCUUUGUACAAUUCUUCUUCUUUAGCUCCCUCAUGGCAACUGAGUGUUAUCUCCUAUCUGCAAUGUCAUACGAUCGAUAUUUAGCAAUAUGCAAACCUUUGCAUUAUACAAAAAGUAUGACUACUCGAAUCUGUAUCCAGCUAGCAGCUUCUUCAUGGAUAAGUAGCCUUAUAGCUGGUGUCUUCCUCUUGAGUGUAAUGUUGCAGCUUACAUUCUGUGGUCCAAAUGAAAUCGAUCAUUAUUUUUGUGAUACAUAUCCAAUUAUGAAACUUUCCUGUAGUGACAUCAGCUUUGUAGAACUUAUAAGUUUUAUCCUCGCUUUUGCUUUUACUCUACCACCUUUUCUCCUUACCUUGACUUCCUAUAUAUACAUUAUAUCUACUAUCUUGAAAAUACCUUCUACUAUAGGUAGGAAAAAGGCUUUUUCCACUUGCUCAUCUCAUCUGAUAAUGGUUUCUCUGUUUUAUGGAACCAUCAUGAUUGUGUAUGGGUUACCAAAGCGUAAAAUACUUAGUGAUGUCAACAAAUUUUUUUCUUUCCUGUACACAGUUUUAAACCCUCUUGCCAAUCCUUUCAUAUACUCCCUGAGAAAUAAUGAAGUAAAGGAUGCUAUCAAGAGGUUAGCAAGAAAACUUAUGUCCCCCAAAAAUUAUUAA